AUGGUCCCACCUUGGGUAAUUUUUGACGAGUCUGCUGCUUUCGGGGGAGAUUGUGACAAUGGAGCCGAGCCAGACAUUUCUGGUAUCGGUGUAGUGAUUGCAUUUGUCUUCGCAAGCAUCAUGACUACAGCAGCAUCGAUUCUAGCUAUGCUCCUCGACCAAACGUUCAAUAUCAAGAAAGGACACUUCGAAUUUCGAAAACCCCUAAAAUACUUCCGCGACAAGUUCCUUCGAACAGAAUGGAGGAUGAAUUACGCAUGGCGACCGUUUCUGGAUCCGCUCAUCAUUGGGCUGGGAGAUCAGCAGCUCAUUACCGGAUAUGCUGUCCUGCUCAGUGGCUGGAUGAAGGUUGCCCAGAAUAGCCUCGAACUACAAGGCGCCCACUUCGUUCUCAUCCUCUACAUUUGCACAUUAUCGUCGUCUUCUCACCUCGCCGCCCUUAUCACCCUUCGUAAAUACUUCCAAACGUACAAAUUGAUCGCCAAGAUUCGCAUGACGAUGGUCGUCGUCUUUGCCCUCUUCCUGCUAUGCUCUAUGAUUGCCUCGCUUGCUGUACGGCCACAUCAUGGCGACUACAGGGGAAGUUCCGAAUCGCAACAAAGAGCUCAUCGUCUAUCGUUCCUUGUUCCCAUGUUCUUUAUGCUUGUUGGGUACUCGACGGCGCUGAUAUGCAUCCUAUAUCGUCCGAGGCAAACAGAACUAGCAUACCGAUCCAAUGACAUGGCUGGACUGUCAAGCAUGUCGCUCGUGCGCCGGGGGGCUUCCUUUGACAGCGAAGCUGCUCUUCCCAAGAACGUUGGCUCGUGCAUCAUGUUUUUCCUCGUCCUAAACCCGCUUCUUGCGUUCAUCAUUCAGAUCAUAUUGAUGAUAUUGUCUGUUGUUCUAGUUCUGAGUCAGAAGUUCUCCAGACCCCAAGACAAGAAACGCUGGUGUGGAUUGGAUGAUGCUGGGGAGAAUACAUGGGAGUUCGGACAGACGUUGAGUGUGGUCAUGUUGCUGUUGCCCGCUAUGAGUGCUGGGCAAACAUAUCUGGAGGGAAGACAGGUCAUCAAAGACGCGCACUGA